AUGUAUGGCACAUCUCAGUCCAUAUCUACAAUGAAUGGUAUGGAUUCCGUCGAUGGCUCGGGGACUAUCGACCCUGCAAACCUGAGCAACACUGUCUCUGUUGCCCUGCCCGCACCUUCCCAUACAGUAGCAAGCCCCCGAGGUGUCAAGCGCAGUCGCACCCCAGAGCACAGCGGCAACGGACAUUCCGACCGGCAUCACGAUGAUGAGGAACAGAGUCGUCGCAAACGCGGCCGCCCCCCAAAGACACCUCGAGCAACCUCUAAUGAACAUCCCGUCGCAAACACGCCCAUUCAAACACCUCAGAUGCAAACACGUCCACUGCCGCAAUUCACCGCUGGAUCGCCACCUCUCGCAUCACCAGAUAGCAAGAGCACCCCAACGAAGUCACUUGUUAAAGCACUCCCCACUGUGAGGGAUCACACAUCAGACCAGCUGAAUGAAGAAGGUGAUGAGUACAUCCCCAAGGAGUUUGAUGAAGCAGGGGAGACCAAGGCAGACCCCAUGGGAUAUCCGCUAGGCGGCCGCGAAUACAAAUGCCGCACGUUUCGUGUUCCUCUACGGGGUAGAAAGCUCUUCAUGCUUGCAACUGAAUGCGCCAGGGUAUUGAACUAUCGUGAUUCAUAUCUUUUGUUCAACAAGAACCGAUCAUUGCAUAAAAUCAUUGCCUCCCAGAUUGAGAAAGACGAUCUCAUUCAGCAAGAUAUCCUGCCAUAUUCCUACCGAUCUCGCCAAAUUGCAAUUGUCUCCGCCAGAUCUAUGUUUCGACAAUUCGGGAGCCGGCUAAUUGUGAAUGGCCGUCGGGUUCGAGAUGACUACUGGGAGAGCAAAGCACGGAAACAGGGCUUCACGGAGGAUGACCUAGCGGGCGAGAAACGCCCGGGCGCAGCCAAGGCUCGCGAUGGCUCUAUUUCAGAACCAGCCACGAACCUGCUACCGGCCCUGCCUCACAACGAUGUUGUUUACAGUAAUACCAUUGAGCCAUUGCCACAUGGGCUUUCGCUGGAUACUGGUGAUAUUUCUGCUGCCCUGGCUCCGCUCCCCAUGAUAAAUAUGUCGGCAACGGAUGAUCCACGGCUACGGGAUUAUGCUGCCAUGCCUCGCGCACGCCAAGAAAUGACGGGACAACCUUACCACGACCGUACUCAAACGAGCUCAGCAGCAGACCUCAUGAACCAGGCUCAGCAUACGUCUGAUUUCAACAAGAUGUUGACCAUUCAGCGCAGCUACCGUCAGAAAGGCUUGGAUGAAUUCUAUUCCAAGCCGCGUGAGCCCCCAGUCUCCGAGGCCCAGACUAACGCCGCUCUUGACUCGACUUUGUCGGUAUCACAACCUGUUCAGGUUCCCCAGAUUGCCCCGACGGGUAUGUCAAUUCCCACCCAUGCGCAGCAUAUGCUCCCUCAGCAGGUUCCUAUGCAACCCAACCCAAUGAUGGGUGGACAACCAAACUACGCCCAACUUCAUGCACAAUCUGUUGGUCAAUCUCCCCUCAGGGUUCCGCCAAAUAUGCAGCCCAACCUUAUGCAACAGCGGUCCAGCCAGUCUAUGGCUGGAGGUAUGGGCCAGGCCCCUCCAUACGGAUAUCCAUCGCAACAGCAGCAGAUGUGGGGGCAGCCACCGCCGCAGCCACAGCCGUCUCCAUUGCCUUCGUCGGGUCACCAGGGAGUCGGAAUGGCUCAGUAUGGUCAACAAAUGGCUGCACCUCCGCAACAAAGCCCAUCUCCUCUCGGUCAUCACCCGCAGCAGCAGCAGCAUCACCACCACCAGUCUCCCCGCAACCAGCAGCGACAGUCAAUACCUCAAAUGCCGCAGCAGUUCUCUCAGAUGCAGCACCCUCAAGCUGCGCAGCCUCAGCAGGGUAUGCAGGGCAUGGGAUAUGCGGGUGGCACCCCAGCUGGUUAUCCAGGCAUGGCGCGUGCCAUGUACCCACCCAAUCAAGCUCAGGGUGGCCAACAUUACAUGGGCGGGAAUCCUCAACAAGCGGGCCUUGCCAUGAACAUGGCCGGCGGUGGUAUGCCUGGCUGGCCUGCUGGGCAGCAGAUGCAGCCCGGGCAGCCGCAACAGGGCCAGUCUGGUAACGCAUUGGGAGGAGGAUGGUCCUACUAG